GGCGCUGCGCGUGCUGACGUCACAAGACGGCGGCGCUGCUAUAAGAGCGCGGCCGGGGGACGCAUGUGCCUUUUUCUCGGUUACCGGAGGGAGCGCGUAGACGGGCAAGUAGAGCCAGCAUGCCGGUGGCCCGUAGCUGGGUUUGUCGCAAAACCUAUGUGACCCCGCGGAGACCCUUCGAGAAGUCCCGCCUCGACCAAGAGCUGAAGCUGAUCGGCGAGUAUGGGCUCCGGAACAAACGUGAGGUCUGGAGGGUCAAAUUUACCCUGGCCAAGAUCCGCAAGGCUGCCCGGGAGCUGCUGACGCUGGAUGAGAAAGACCCGCGGCGUCUGUUUGAAGGCAAUGCCCUGCUGCGGCGACUCGUCCGUAUCGGGGUGCUGGACGAGGGCAAGAUGAAGCUGGAUUACAUCUUGGGCCUGAAGAUUGAGGAUUUCUUGGAGAGACGCCUGCAGACCCAGGUCUUCAAGCUGGGCCUGGCCAAGUCCAUCCACCACGCCCGCGUGCUGAUUCGCCAGCGCCAUAUCAGGGUCCGCAAGCAGGUGGUGAACAUCCCGUCCUUCAUUGUCCGCCUGGACUCCCAGAAGCACAUCGACUUCUCCCUCCGUUCUCCGUAUGGGGGCGGCCGCCCAGGCCGCGUGAAGAGGAAGAACGCCAAGAAGGGCCAGGGCGGGGCUGGAGCUGGCGAUGACGAGGAGGAGGAUUAAGUCCACCCGGUCCCGCCUGGGCUGAUGGAGUGUCUAGUUUUCCAGUCAGAUAAUAAAACAAGAUCAGAUAAUAAAACACUUCAGGACUGGU